UGAUAAUUUUAAGUGUAAAUUUAAAUUAUAUUUAUUCAGAAUUUAUAACUGAAAGACCGAAAUGGUUAAAAUACUGCAAGAAAAGUGAUCCAGAAUUAAAUACAUGCUUACGAGAUUUAUUUGAAAAGAUGUUUCCAGAAUUAGCAAAAGGUAUCCCCGAAUUGGAUAUUACACCAUACGAACCACUCUAUUUAAAACGAGUAUCAGUAAGUAAAGGAGCUGGUGCUGUUACAUUGAGUGGAAGUUUGUACAAUAUGACAGUACGUGGACCAUCCCAAGCAAUUCCUACAUACUCCGACAUGCGUCUAGAUGAAAACAAAUUCAAUUUCGGUAUCGAUUUACCUAUCUUGGAUAUUGACUCACUAUAUAAUUUGGUUGGUAAAAUAUUGGUUUUACCCUUAGUUGGUAAUGGACCAUGCAAAUUAAAUUUGAAAAACGUUAAAACCGUAAUAUCAACGGAUUUUGAAAUUAUUGAUGUUGACGGAAGGCAAAUAAUGGAUGUUACAAAUAUGAAAGUGAAUUUCAAAGUCGGUUUUAUGCACAUUAAAUUAGAUCACCUUUUUAAUGGAAAUAAGGUAUUAGGACAAACCGUAAAUAACUUUUUAAACCAUCAUGGAUUAGAAGUAAUUGGUGAAUUAAGUGACAGUAUUAGUGAAAGUUUAGCAGCAAUUUUCCUAGAUUUAAUGAACCAAAUAUUCAGCAAGUUACCACUUGAUUUGUGGCUAACGGAUUAAAUAAGACUUAAGUGAUAAGAUUUUAAAAUUCGUAGGU